CACCCGGAAGUGGCUUGAAUGUCGCGAGGGUCCGGUCCGCUGCCUUUUGACUGGGAUAGGAGAGAGUCACUCCCUGCGGUGCGGAGGAGGUAUUACGUUCUUCCAGGAUUGCUGUCAUGGUUCUUAAAGUCUUCUUCCCCUCUUGCUGUGCCACAGCAGAAAGUGGCCUUUUGAUUGGCCGUUGGAUCCCGGAACAGAACUCUGCUGUUGUCCUUGCUGUGGUCCACUUCCCUUUUAUUCCUGGCCAGGUGAAGCAGUAUCUUUCUGAGGUCCAGCGGGUGACUCAGGUCAAUAUGUGUGUGCUGGGCUCAUGGAGUAACAGCAAACAGGAGAAGGAAGAGGUCCUGGUCAAGUUCCUGGAAGAUCUCAGCACAAUCUUUUCCCAUGAGCCCUGGAUACAGCUCAACAAAGAGAGAGACAGCAGGGUUUGGAGCUGCUGUAUCUUUCAGAAAUACCCCAGCAGCCCCAAGGAAGAUGAAUUCAUCUUAGUAUAUUAUGACCAGCGCAAAGUAAUGCUUUCACAGUUGCAUCCCACAGACAACCUGACCACGUCUGCUGACCAUAAGGGAAAUGAUGCCUCAAAACUAGGUGCUGUGUUUGACACAGUUGCAAAGAGCAAGGUACUAUUCAUGACAGACAGAUACGAUGAUGGGCCCAUCAAGCUGACUCACUGGCAGUCAGAAGGAGUGGAAGCCAGUAUUAUCGUGGAGCUGAUGAAGCAGGCUUCUGUGCCUGUGUGUAUGCUGCUGACAUUCCUGCUUUCACUUGUCUCCAGUGUCUAUAAAAGCAGAGUGCUGAAGCUUUGGCCUUUGUCUUUCAUCUGGAGUAAACUCUCAACUUGUGAACAGUUGGGGCACCGACUGGAGCACCUCCAGAUCAUCAGCAGCAACAGGAAGGCUCAGAACCAGACACAACUAAUGAGGAAAGCAAACAUCUUUGUUUCUCUCCUCAUUGACAUGGCUCUGGGAAUACUGCUAAUGUCCUGGCUGUACAGAGAGAAUCGGAUUGGUCAGCUUGCCGACACACUCAUCCCAGUGGCUGAUCAUAUAGCCAAAGAGCUCCAGGACCUGCUUCAGUGGCUAAUGGGAGUGCCAGCUGGUUUAAAAAUGAACCGGGCAUUGGACCAGGUGUUGGGCCGGUUCUUCCUUUAUCACAUUCACCUGUGGAUUAGCUAUAUCCACCUGAUGUCUCCAUUCAUUGAGAUGAUCCUCUGGUAUGUUGGCCUGUCAGCCUGUCUGGGCCUGACUGUAGCGCUUUCCAUCCUCUCUGACAUCAUUGCACUCCUGACCUUCCAUAUCUACUGCUUCUAUGUCUAUGGAGCCAGGCUCUACUGCCUGAAGAUCUAUGGCUUGUCAUCUCUCUGGCGCCUGUUCCGCGGGAAGAAGUGGAAUGUCCUGAGACAGCGGGUGGAUUCCUGCUCCUAUGACUUGGAUCAGUUAUUCAUUGGCACUUUGUUAUUUACAAUCCUGCUGUUUCUUCUGCCCACAACUGCACUGUAUUACUUGGUGUUUACCCUGCUCCGUCUGCUGGUGGUGGUUGUGCAGGGCCUGAUUCAUCUGCUCGUGGACCUCAUUGACUCUCUGCCCCUUUAUUCAGUCAUCCUUCGGCUCUGCAGAUCCUACAGACUUGCAGCUGGCGUGAAGUUCAGAGUCCUUGAACAGAAGGCUGGAAAACCCCUUCGACUCUUAAUGCAGAUAAAUCCUCUGUCCUAUGGCAGCGUGGUGCAGACAUACAGGCUCCCAACCUAUGCUUGUUACCCUAAGGAUUCCUGGAGCUCUCUGUGCAAGAAGCUGUUUGUUGGAGAGCUGAUCUACCCUUGGAAGCAUAAAGGGGAGAAGCAGGACUAAAGGGAAGCAAAUGAGCCAGGCCUGAAAGAAUGAGCCAAAAAUCACCAUUCAAACCCACUCACGGCUCCCAGGCCCAGUGAGCCUGGACCCAGCAGCUGCUAGCUGGGACAAUACUGUCAAAUCCUCUGCUGAGACUUUGGUAAUGUGCGAGGAGGGGCUUCAUUUUAAAUGGGAGUGUUUUUAUAUAAUCUCCUUCAACUUUCCCCCUCCUAUAUGGCCCCAUCCAGCUGACUUGGUUUCCAGGCUGUUCUCUGUUAAUGAAGUGUUAUUCCACCCUAGAGUACACUGUUCCUGCCUGGCAGCACUAGGGGCCAGAGGUUUAACCCUUCAGUGCCUCUCCACAGCAGCAUACCAUGUAAGCCAGGGAAUAGCUCCUGAUCGGCCUGAUGGUCUGUUAGUCUUUCUAUGUAAGUUCAUGGGGCCAUAUUAAAGCUGCCCUGGGACCUGAGGGUGAUUAAAGCCAAAACGCUGAGGUGGAUUAUUACAUCCAGGUAUUCUGGACCUUUCAAAUUCGUGUGUUCAAGCCAAUUCAUCAAAUGCAUGCUCCCAAACUGGAUGGUCAGCUUGGAAACAGUACUGGUAUGUAGCCCAUUGAUUUGUCCCAUUGCUUUUUCUUUGGUAGUAGAAUUGGCUUUAUCCCACUGCAGCACCACAGCAAGGGUGAGCAUAGAAAAAAAUGUAGCAUGGAGGCCAGAAAACACACACUGCUCUGGGACCAUGCCUAACCCACCAUUUACAGCAGGAACAAACAGAGGUAGGGUUUCACCACAAAAAAUCAUCUUUGGCCUAAAUAUUCUUAACGGACUAGUGAUGUUGGAUGCGUCUGUUUCUCAGUGCCCAAUCUGAGACCUUUUAAAGGGGCCUGAUUUUUGGACAGUCCAGACCCUGUAAUGGCUCACAAAAUUGGCCUCUAAAACUACUAGUUGCUUUGGAAAAUGUAGACCCCACGUCUUAAGAAUACUUUUCUUGCUGACGGUACUAACCUCCAGAUCACAAUGAAAACAAUGGUCUCUUCCUCUGUCAGAUUUUAAGUACAUACACAUUAUGGUGUCUGUUCCCCUUUCAAAGUGUUCCUCCUAUUAACCCGAAUGGGAAAUACAUUAAUGUGUUGGCCAGGCAGUAGAUUCUUUAGUAUGUACCUAACACAUACAUUUCUGUAGUUUAAAAUAGAGACUGUAUACAGAUGUGUAAGUACACUGUGCCUAGGUGUACAACAGUCACUUCCCAUAUCCUAAACGGGAUAUAUAGGGUUGCUGUGCACUGUUGCCAGCUUGCAUUCCAGAGGUGGCUGCAUUACAUUGGUGGUGAAAACAAUAAGGAGUACUUGUGGCACCUUAGAGACUAACAAAUUUAUUUGGGCGAAGCUUUCGUGGGCUGAAACCCACUUCAUCAGAUGCAUGAAGUGGAAAAUACAGUAGGAAGAUAUAUAUACAGAGAACAUGAAAAGAUGGGGAUUGCCUUACCCAUUCUAAUGAGACAAUUCAAUUAAAGUGGGCUAUUAUCAGCAGGAGGAAAAAUCACUUUUGUAGUGGUAAUCAGGGUGGCCCAUUUCAAACAGCUGACAAGAAGGUGUGAGUAACACUAUGGGGGGGAGGGGAGGGGAGGUGAAUAGGAAGGGGAGAUAGGUUUUUAGUUUGUGUAAUGACCGAUCCACUCCCAGUCUUUAUUCAGGCCUAAUUUGAUGGUGUCCAGUUUGCAAAUUAAUUCCAGUUCUGCAGUUUCUCAUUGGAAUCUGUUUUUGAAGGUUUUUUUGUUGAAGAAUUUCCACUUUUAAGUCUGUAAUUAAGUGUCCAGGGAGGUUGAAGUGUUCUCUGACUGAUUUUUGAAUGUUAUAAUUCUUGACAUCUGAUUUGUCUUUUUUUUUUUUUUUUGCAUAGAGACUGUCUGGUUUGGCCAGUGUACAUGGCAGUGGGGCAUUGCUGGCACAUGAUGGCAUAUAUAUGUGAUGUGAUAUAUGCCAUCAUGUGCCAGCAAUGUCCCUCUGCCAUGUACAUUGGCCAAAUUGGACAGUCUCUACACAAAAGAAUAAAUGGACACAAAUCAGACGUCGAGAAGGGCAGUGGUGGGUGAGUGAUCUUUUGUCCCAUCAUGCUGUUCAGCCUGGUUACAUGGGCUUGAGGCAGGAGGGAGGAGGAUUUGUCCCCAUAUAGGUAAUAUGCUUUGAGCUCUUUCUGGGUGAGUAAGCACUUGUUACACUGGUGUACAUGUAGAUUAAAAUCUUCACUAAGGCUAGGUCUCUACUUGGAGCUAGGGGUGUAAUUCCCAGCUCACGUAGACAUACUUGCGCUAGCUCAGUGAGACUUAGUUCACUAAAAAUAGUAGUGUAGCUGUGGUAGCAUGGGCAGCAGCAAGCGGCAGCACGGGGUAGCUGUCCUGAGUACAAACCUACCCAGAUCCCAUGAGUAAGUACUCAGGGCGGCUAGCCCAUGCCACCGCUGCCUGUGCUACUGUGGCUACACAACUGUUUUUGGCACGCUAGCCCAAGUAUAUCUACGCAAGCUGGGAAUCACACCCCAAGCUGCCAGUGUAGACAUAGCCUCAGAAUUCAGCCUUCACCUUUGCAUCCACAGGCAUGAGUUGAAAAAACAAAUUUGCUUACAUAAAUAUUUAAGACGUUCUCUAAAACAUUCCUUACACAGCAAAAGUAAAGUCUGCCAGAGUUUUACAAGAUGUCUCCAGGUCCUUAGUGAGGUUAUUGCGCAAAAGACAGAAUGUUAUGCUGCCGAUAUGGUUUGGGGAUUAGUGCAAUCAGGAGAACGUUUUCUUCUUGCAUGGUCCAAAACAAAGUAUAUUGUUGAAAGCAACUAGUUUGGCAAAAAUCCCUCUUAUCGCCCCUAAUACUGCAGAGGGUUUUCAAUGAAAUCUUGAUUUGUAGGUAUGACAUACCCCAGGGUGCAAUCUGGACUGAUGUGUCCCCUUAGCUCCCCAGCCUGUGAUGCCUUUUACACUGCUUUGCUGGUGAACAGCAACCCCUCCAUGCUCUGCACGCACACAGCCACUAGCAUGUAAAAUCACUCCCAGAUCAAUACAAGAACGCUGUGCCCAGCCUUCCAUGAAUUACAUACAGGGUAUAAUAAUAAUAAUAAGAGAGAACCUGGAUUUGUGCAGGAAAUGGCCCACCUUGAUUAUCAUGCACAUUGUGUAGAGAGUUGUCACUUUGGAUGGGCUAUUACCAGCAGGAGAGUGAGUUUGUGUGUGGGGGGGUGGAGGGUGAGAAAACCUGGAUUUGUGCUGGAAAUGGCCCAACUUGAUGAUCACUUUAGAUAAGCUAUUACCAGCAGUACAGUGGGGUGGGAGGAGGUAUUGUUUCAUGAUCUCUGUGUGUAUAUAAAGUCUGCUGCAGUUUCCACGGUGUGUAUCCGAUGAAGUGAGCUGUAGCUCACGAAAGUUCAUGCUCAAAUAAAUUGGUUUGUCUCUAAGGUGCCACAAGUACUCCUUUUCUUUUUGCGAAUACAGACUAACAUGGCUGUUACUCUGAAACCUACAUACAGGGUGACACCCACAUAUCCCUCUGUUCCAGCCGUGUCCCCAAAAUGUGUUUCUUGUACUGCUCAGUAACCCCCUGGACAGUACAAGCUCAUAGAUCAUAGAACCCCCUGCCCUGAACCCCCUCAUACAUCUUGCACCCCUCCUGCGCCCCAACCCUGUGCCCUGAUCUGCUUUCUGCACACCACACCCCCUCCUGCACCCCAACCCCCUGCUCCAGCCCUACAUUCAUGGCCCUGCAUGCAAUUUCCCCAUCCAGAUGUGGCCCUCGGGCCAAAGAGUUUGCCCACCCCAUCAUAGAUAGUUUGAUUAUGUAAUGAUUAUGCACCAGCCUUGUUGACCCUAAGUAGAGUUUCCCAAAUACUUCAAUCCAAACACACACUGGUGUAUGUAAAACAACAAAACAAUGUAUUAACUAGAGAGAGACAGAUUUUAAGUGAUUAAAAGUGAUAAGGCAUAAAAGUCAGAAUUGGUUACAAAAGAAAUAAAAAGAUAAAACCACAAGCUAAUUCCUAAACUUUAUCAAGGCUAAUAGGUUUAAAAGCACAAGGCCCAUCUCACUGUAAACUGUAGUAAAAUUUCUCAGGCUGCAUCUCCUUCCAACCUGGGACCAUUCCCCUUCUUAGUUCAGUUCUUUCAGAGUCAUUGAUGUCCUGAGCAGAAAGGGGUGAUAUGAAGGUCACUGUCUCUUACUUUAUACCCUCCUCCUCUCUGAGAAUUACCCCCUGCCAGGUAUAGACAAACAGGACUCUCUACAUGAGAUUUGAAACAUUCCUGUGUGCAAUGUCAUUUUUUUGUUUAUACCUUCCCAUUGCUGAAGAAUGGCCGGUUAAACCGGUAAUGGCUCUUUGACACCAGUUUGGGGUGCCAGUGUGUCUUUGUCUCUGAAAAACUGGUUUGGACCUGCUUGUCUUAACCUUGGAGCAAGUUAUAACAAUGAUACAUAGUAGAAGCUACUAACUUCUCACACACUGUUAAUACACACAUUUUACCAGGACAACAGUAUUCAGCAGAUUAUGAGUUUUCAACUGAUACCUCACAAGGCUUACAUUGUACAAAAUAUAUCGUAACCAUAUAAAAGUGGUGAACAGGGGUACAGGGUGUCACAGUAGGUGGCUCCAGACCCCAUGGAGUUCUGUGCUGGUCUUUAAUAUUCAGUGUGUCAGUUUUGCAGUUGUUUUAGAACAG